AUGCGAACGGAGUUGGAAGAGAAGCUUCAGGUUGUGCUGCGCAAAUUACUUGAAGCCGAUGACGGAAAGAAACAGAACGAGCGAGAGAUUCGAGCCAAGGAAUUGAUUUCGACCCUGAAGCGCAUCUUUCCUGGUGUCAAGGGCCGCGUCAGUGACCUUUGCCGGCCCAAGCAGAAGAAAUACUCUGAAGCGGUCAGCACAGUGCUCGGACGGCACUUCGACGCCAUUGUGGUCGAUAACGAAAAGACCGCCAAGGAAUGUAUCCAGCAUCUUCGCGACCAACGAGCGGGCCAGGCGACGUUUAUCCCCCUCGAGACUAUUCAAGUCAAGGCAUUCAAUUCGAGCUUGAAGGGUAUGCAUCGGGCAAUGCGUCCCGCGAUUGAAACUGUUGAUUACGAUGACUCGGUUUCGCGCGCGAUUAUCUACGCUUGCGGGAACUCAAUUGUUUGUGAUGACCUGGCAACUGCCAAAUAUCUGUGCUAUGAACGAAACGUGGACGCCAAGGCCGUCACCCUGGAUGGUACAGUUAUCCACAAGGGUGGUCUUAUGACUGGUGGUCGUGGCAAUCAGCAAAACUCCAAGCGUUGGGAAGACUCGGAAGUCGAGAACCUUUACAAGUUGAAGGAGAGGCUCAUGGGUGAUCUCGCAAACCUCCCUAAGAGCCAUCGUCGAGGCUCUGAAGAGGAGACACUACAGGGCGAACUGGUUGGUCUUGAGCAGCGAUUAACCUAUGCUCGAGAUGAGCUGAAGGCCCUGGAACGCAACCUGGAGAGCCAGCGGAGCCAGCUCGACUUCGUCAAGCGCCAGAUGGAAGACCUGCGGCCCAAAUAUACUGAACGAAAGGAGACCCUGGACGAACUGGACGAGACUAUCGAGACGUCUCAGGCUUCCGUCAGCACUGUGGAAGAUGAGAUCUACCGCGAGUUCUGCAAGCGCUUGGGGUAUGACAACAUACGGGAAUAUGAGGCGCACCAAGGUUCUCUGCUGGAAGAGGCUUCGCAAAAGAAGCUCGAGUUCACUACGCAAAAGAGCCGCAUCGAGAACCAGCUCAGCUUCGAAAAGCAGCGUAUUCAGGCCACAGAUGACCGAGUCAACGGUCUGAAAGCCCAGUACGAGCGUGACAUGAGCCUGAUUGAAGAACUUAAGGGCCAGCAGGACGAAAUCCGUAACCAACUGGAUGAAUUCAGUGCUGAACUUGACCUACUGCGAGAGGCUCUCGAGCACCAGAAAGAGAUCUAUGGUCAGUCGGCUGAGAAACUGGCGGAGCAGCGCAGGGAACUCCAAAAGCGCAGCAAGCAUGUCGAAGCAGCUUUGAAGAAUGUCAAUACCCUCGAAGCCGAGAUUCAGCGAAAUUCAUCUAGUCGCUAUGCUCUCCUACGACGGUGCAAACUUGAAGAUAUCGACCUCCCUCUUACCGACUCCUCCAAUGCACUCGACAAGUUGCCCAUUGACGACCUCGUGCAGGCCGCGGAUCCUGACGCCAUGGAUGUCGACGGCGCUGAUGGAGAAGAUGAUGAGGCUCCUGUGGUGCAAGACUAUGGGAUUGAGGUCGAUUUCGACUCUCUAGGCGAGACUCUUAAAGAGGAGGCCGACGACAAGCUUGAAGAAGAACUUCUUGAAAAGGUUCGCGUUCUCAACGGCGAGCUGGACAAGAUGGCCCCGAAUGCUCGGGCCAUGGAGCGCCUGGAGAGCGUCGAGAACAAGCUCCGUGGCACCGAAAAGGACUUUGAAACUGCACGGAAGCAGGCUCGUAAGGCCAAGGAGGAGUUUGAGGCUGUCAUGAAAAAGCGCUCCGACCUUUUCAACAAGGCCUUCACGCACAUAUCCGAGCAGAUCGGCCCAAUCUACCGCGAACUGACGCGCAGCUCGAAUUACCCGCUGGGUGGACAAGCGUAUCUGGAUAUCGAAGACUCGGACGAGCCCUACCUCGACGGUAUCAAAUACCACGCGAUGCCUCCGCUGAAACGGUUCCGAGACAUGGAGCACUUGUCGGGUGGUGAAAAGACCAUGGCCGCACUUGCUCUGCUUUUUGCCAUUCACUCGUACCAGCCGUCGCCAUUCUUUGUGCUGGACGAGGUUGACGCUGCUCUCGACAACACCAACGUGGCUCGCAUUGCCAACUACAUCCAUGACCACGCCGCGCCUGGUAUGCAAUUCAUUGUGAUCAGUUUGAAGACCGGGUUGUUCCAGAACAGUGAGGCUCUGGUGGGCAUCUUUCGAGACCAAGUUGAGAACAGCAGCAAAUCUUUGACGCUUGAUCUUCGGAAGUACACAUAA